AUGAUGCUUGUGUCCUGUCUUCUCACCGGCGACAAUUAUCCCAUGCGGCAAAGAGCAAUAAUCAGUGCUCUAAAAGCAAAGAACAAAUUAGUCUUUGUUGAUGGAUCUAUGCCAAAACCGGCAGCUGGUACUCCAGAAUUCAGUGCUUGGACCAAAUGCAAUGUGAUGGUCAUUGCGUGGAUCUUCAACUCCUUAGCAAAUGAAGUCUACAACAGCGUAGCAUUCGUUGAUACAGCAACAGAAAUCUGGAAAGAGCUCCAAUGUCGUUUUUCACAAGGUAACAUCCCUCGGAUAUAUGAAUUGAAACAAGACUUGGCACUGCUACGUCAAGACGACCUCACUGUCAGUGCAUACUUUACAAAACUUAAAACACUUUGGGACAAACUAAAUUCUCUCGUGGUGUACCCUAAAUGCACUUGUGGAGCUGCCAAGAUUUUCUCGAUGGAGCGUGACAGAGACAGCUUCAUCAAUUUUUAA